AUGGCGUCCGAGGUGGUCUGCGGGCUGAUCUUCAGAUUGCUUCUUCCGAUAUGUUUAGCAACAGCUUGUUUGUUCCGGUACAAUGGGCUAUCAUUCGUCUACCUCAUCUACCUCCUUCUUAUUCCCCUUUUCUCUGAGCCCACCAGCACAACCAUGCAGGGCGACACGGGGCGCCUGCUCAUGUCCCUGUGCUUCAGCAGUCUCAGCUUCCUGCUCUUCCACAUAAUCUAUCAGAUCACUGUCAACAGUCUAUUGGCCGGGAACAACAUAGACCCCGCCUUCAACUGUUCCGUGUGGGAGAGAUCCAUACGACAGAUCGGCUUUGAGAGUGUGAUAGGUGCAGAUGCAGGGAACGGUAUUCGUGUGUUUCUCCCUGACGUAGGGAUGUUUCUAACUGGUCUGGGCUGCUGGCUGCUGUGUCACAGUCUGGUCCAAAACAGACCACCAGAGGACGUGGUUUACGACUUCGAACCGGAGGAAGGGGCCGGAGAAGAGGAGGAAGAAAUGGAGGAUGAGGAAGAUGAGGAGGAGGAGGAGGAGGAAGAGGAGGAAGAAGAGGAGGAGGAAGAGGAGAGCACCAAGAUGAAGAUUCUGGGUUGCGUCGCUGCCGUGGCGUCCAAAGUGAAGGAGAUCAUUGGGAAUCUGAUCACCACCGCAGGGAAAGUGGUGGUCACCAUACUACUAGGGCUAACAGGUAUAAUUCUGCCCUCCCUGACGUCGGCGGUCUAUUUCUUCGUGUUCCUGUUCCUGUGUACGUGGUGGUCGUUCUGUCGGACCUUCGACACCCUCAUCUUCAGCUGUAUGUGUGUCCUCAUGGCCAUAUUCAGCGCUGGACACCUGGUCGUCCUCUACCUCUAUCAGUUUCAGUUCUUCCACGAGUUCAUUCAUCCAGAGGACAGCUACAUCAGUCUGUUCGGCAUCUCAUCCAUCAUCCAGACUGACUGCUCCUCCACAUGGAGGAUGAUAGUUAACCCUGAUCUGGCCUGGCACCACUUUGUUAACCCCAUCAUGCUGCUGCUGCUGUACUACACCCUGGCCACUCUCAUACGCCUCUGGCUCCAGGAAGAACCUAUAGAGGUAGGUAACACCCUAGUAUCUCUCAUACGCCUCUGGCUCCAGGAACCUAUAGAGGGACCUAUAGAGGUAGGUAACACCCUGGUAUCUCUCAUACGCCUCUGGCUCCAGGAACCUAUAGAGGUAGGUAACACCCUGGUAUCUCUCAUACGCCUCUGGCUCCAGGAACCUAUAGAGGGGUUGGUUGCAAAGUCCAAGGAGACGUCUUUUGACUACAUCUCCACCCUAGACUCAGUGGAAAAUGGACCGGUCCACCAGGACCUGUACUCCACCCCACAGUAUGAAAUGGACCAAAUCAAUAACAUGACAGAGAAGGAUGAAGGAAUGUGUGACUUCAGUCCAACCCUGCGAGAAGAGACUUCUGGGAUGGAGGGAGCGGAGGAGGAACAGGAGGAGGAGGAGGGCAGAGUGAAUGCUGUUGUAACCGUGUUCAGGUUCAUCAUGAAGCAGAGCUAUGUCUGUGCUCUCAUAGCCAUGAUGGCGUGGAGCAUCACGUAUGUUAGCUGGCUGACGUUUGUGUUCCUGAUGUGGUCGUGUAUGUUGUGGAUGGUGAGGGACCGUCGUCGUUACACCAUGCUAACCUCUCCCUUCAUGGUGCUCUACGGGAACCUGCUCAUUGUGCUGCAGUACAUCUGGAGCUUUGAGCUACUGGAGCCCGUACCUGGACUCUUCCUCAAGAUGGACGUGCCCUUCAGGCAGCUGGGUUCCAAGAUCCUAUGCCUGUUGAGCUUUUGGCUGUUGCUGAUACAGACUCUGACAGAGAGACAGGAGGAGCAGAGAGAGGAGGCUGUUGUACUCACUGACGUACAUGUGGAUAACCAACCCAAGAAGAAGAAGGAGGAGGAUGAGGAAGGAGGGGAGCAGGACAUCAUGCAGGUUCUGGGGAACAUGGUGAUGGAGAUGCUGGUGAAAUACUGGAUCUAUAUCUGUGGAGGAAUGUUCUUCUUCGUUAGCUUCGAGGGACGCAUGGUCAUGUAUAAGAUCAUCUACAUGAUGCUCCUCCUCUUCUGUGUGGCACUCUAUCAGGUGCACUAUGAGUACUGGAGGAGGAUCCUGAAGUACUUCUGGAUGUCUGUGGUGGUCUACACCAUGCUGGUCCUCGUCCUGGUCUACACCUUCCAGUUUGAGACUUCUCUACCCUUCUGGUCUAACAUGACUGGCAUGAGCAAAGAGAAACUGAAGGACCUGGGGCUAGAACAGUUCUCCGUAUCGAUGCUCUUCACACGCAUCUUCAUCCCCACCUCCUUCCUCCUGGUGUGUAUCCUUCACCUUCACUACUUCCACGACCACUUCCUGCUGCUCACGGACCUGAAGGAUGUGUCCCAAAAACAGGACAGCACCAUCUACAGUAAUGCUAAAGUCAAUGGCCGUGUGUAUCUGAUCAUGAAUAGAUUGGUACACCAGGAUGGAAGCCUGGCUGACAUCACCAUGCUCUAUUCUGGAGAAGGAGUGAUACGGGUGGAGGACGAGAAGGAGAGAAACCUGAUGAAGGAGAAGAAUGGAGGGAUGAAGCAGAAAGGAGGACUCUGUCAGUCUAUAGACCCGUGUCGGUCGUUCAACAAGUCUUUUGAGUCCAAAUCCAGUUCAGGGCCGGGGAAGAGUGGAGACUGCAGUGUGGGAACUGAGCCAGAGCCCUCCACAGAACACACUACCUCAGGUAUACAGAACACACUACCUCAGGGGAAGAGUGGAGACUGCAGUGUGGGAACUGAGCCAGAGCCCUCCACAGAACACACUACCUCAGACCUAAAGAAUAAGUGGCCCCUGGUGGUGGACCGUCUGACUGUGCUGUUCCUCAAGUUCCUGAAAUAUUUCCACAAGCUGCAGCUCUUCAUCUGGUGGCUCCUAGAGAUGCACAUCAUCAAGAUCAUCUCCUCGUGCAUCAUACUGGUCUCUGUCAAGGAGGUGUCCUUGUUCAACUACGUGUUCCUGGCGUGCUGGGCCUUCGCUCUACCCUUCAGUCAGUUCAGACCCCUGGCCUCCAGUAUCUGUACAGUGUGGACCUGUGUUAUCAUUGUCUGUAAGAUGUCGUACCAGCUGGAAUCUAUACAACCUGCCUCUUACUCCAAGAACUGCUCCAUGCCAAUAAACUACACAGAGAAACAGAGAGAAGAGAUGAAAGACUCUCUGCUGUACACGGAGCCAGUAGACCCUACCAACUGGGUCGGUCUCAACAAGUUCAACCCUCUACUGGAGAACCUCAGGAACAACCUGCUGAUGUUGGCCAUGCUGGCGUUUGAGGUGACCAUCUACCGUCACCAGCAGUACUACAGGCUGAGGAACAAGCUCACCGCGCCCACCGCUCGCAUCAUCUUCCAUGACAUCACGCGUCAACACCUCGACAACGGCAUCGUCAACUGUGCCAAGUACUUCAUCAACUACUUCUUCUACAAGUUUGGGCUGGAGACAUGCUUCCUACUGGCGGUGAAUGUGAUUGGCCAGCGUAUGGACUUCUAUGCUGUGCUGCAUGCCUUCUCUCUGAUAGCCGUGAUGUACAGACGGAGGAGGAAAGCUAUAGCUGAGAUCUGGCCUAAAUACUGUUGUUUCCUGGCCUGUCUGCUAACCUGGCAGUACUUUGUCUGCAUCGGGAUACCACCUGCAGCCUGUGAAGACUACCCAUGGAGGUUCCCAAACUCUACAAUGGACUCCAACGUCAUCAAGUGGCUUUAUUUACCUGACUUCCACACCAACCCCAACCCAAUCUUUCUCGUCUAUGACUUCAUGCUCCUCCUCUGCGCCUCACUCCAGAAGAGUAUAUUUGAAGAGGAAAACAAGGCAGCUGUCCGUCUCAUGGCCGGAGAUAACGUGGAGAUCUCUAGAGACCUAGACGCAGCCUCUUUCAGCAUCCACAACCCUGUCCCCGACUUUAUACAUUCCAGGUCCUACCUGGACAUGCUGAAGGUCAUCAUGUUUAGCUACCUGUUCUGGUUCGUCCUCACCAUCAUCUUCAUCACCGGCACCACCCGUAUCAGUAUCUUCUGUUUGGGCUAUAUAGUGGGAUGUUUCUACUUCCUGCUGUUUGGUGGGGAGCUGCUGCUCAAACCAAUCAAAAAGAUCCUCCACUACUGGGACUUCCUGAUUGCCUAUAACGUGUUUGUGAUCACCAUGAAGAACAUCCUGUCUAUCCUGGCCUGUGGUUACAUCAAUGUCCUGGUGGUCAACAACUGUUGGUUGAUCCAGCUCCUCAGUCUGGCCUGCACCAUCAAGGAGUAUAAGGUCGUCACCAACAGAGACUUCACACACGGUGGUAAGAAGUGUGAUCUGCCCAGCGACGAGGCUGGGAUCAUCUGGGACAGUAUCUGUUUUGCCUUCCUGCUGUUGCAGAGACGCGUCUUCAUGAGUUACUACUUCCUACAUGUGGUGGCUGACAUCAGGGCCUCACAGAUACUGGCCUCCAGAGGGGCUGAAUUGUUCCAGGCAACUAUAGUGAAGGCAGUCAGAGCCAGACUGGAGGAAGAGAAGCAGUCUAUGGAACAGCUGAAGAGACAGAUGGACCGUAUAAAGCAGCGCCAGGAGAAGUUUAAGAGAGGGAAGAAGAUGUUGAGCCAGGAAGAGAACCCCAUCCUUCCACAGGAGUCUGGAGACAGAGAGAACCCCAUCCUUCCACAGGAGCAGCAGGAGAGAGAGAAAGAACAAAAACAAGAACAAUCUAAGACUAAAAAAAAGCAGUGGUGGCAGCCUUGGGUUGACCACGCCUCCAUGGUGAGAAGUGGAGAUUAUUACUUGUUUGAAACCGACAGUGAAGAAGAGGAGGAAGAGAUGGAGAGAAGAGAGGGUCUACUGUCUCCCAAGAAGUCGGCGUUUCAGUUUGUCUACCAUGUCUGGAUAACAGACUCCAAGACAGCCAUGAAGAAACAAAGCAAAGAGAAGCACAAGUUCUGGAAGAGGUACACCAAGAGAGACAAACGCAAAAAGGACAAGAUGGAUGGUCAUGUGACUAUAGAGUUCGGAGAGACAGAGGAGGAUCAGAAGGGAGGAGAGGAAAAGAAGUCUGAUGGACCAGACAACGUCUUGAAGCGAGUGUUCAACAUCAUCCAGUUCACCUGGGUGUUGUUCCAGACCACGGUGGAGAGCUUUACCAAGUGGAUGAACAACGUGUGUAGAGAACACAUAGACAUCUCCACCGUGCUGCGCAUUGAGAGAUGCAUGCUCACUAGAGAGGUCAAAAAGGGUAAUGUCCCAUCCAGAGACAGUAUCCAUGUGUACUACCAGAAGCAGAUGCGUAUAUACAUGUCGCAGGGCUCUAGUCUGGACCGGCUCAUUGAGGAGGACAGUGUGUCGUGGUCUCACAGGGUCCGUAGAAGGAGAGGCAGCUAUCGUAUGGAGAGCCAGGACUCCAUUGUGUCUAUGGCCUCCAGGGAUAGUAUAUCCAGUGCCUACACUGAGGCCACCAUGCUGUUCUCCCGCCAAGACACGCUGGACGAGCUGGACGGAAUGCCGCCAGACGUUCCUAUUCCCAAAACCAGCGAGCGUGUCCGGCCCAAACUCUGUAAGAUUUACGGCCUGGACGCUUCCAAGUCGACUGACAGCAGCAGUAGCCAAGUGUCCAGCGAGGCGACUCAGUGCAUCACUCUCUAUUCACGGCAAGGCACCAAUGACACCAUCGAGGAGGUGGAUGACGAACAGGACCUGGGGGAGGACAGGCAGAACGAACCCUUGGGACCCUCACAUCCGGAGACAGAGGGGGCUGAGGGAAGCCCCUGGGUAGAUGGUCCAACUUCGACCUUCCUGGCCCUUCGAUCAGGGUCCCAGGACUGUACCACUGACAGUGACGAUGGAGGUGUCCGGCAAGAGUACCGGAACACAGAGGAGCGGGACCGGGCGGGUCAGCUGGACACCUCGGAUGCUCCAAACACCUCGGACACUGACAUGCCUUCCAGCUACAACAAGGCGGUGAGCUUUGACCGACUGGAGGUGAGUGAGGAUGAGAGCGACAGGGACGAUAAGAGGAUGAUGGCGAUGACCCCAGACACCAGCCGGUCAGACUAUCUGGACGAUCACCUGCUGCCCUCUCUGACCACUGAGCUGACCGCCAGCGAACUGCUGCUCAACAAGAUGUUCCAUGAUGAGGAGCUAGAGCGGUCGGAGCGGUUCUAUGUGGGCCAGCCCCUGGUGCUCCAGUUGGUCUAUGCUCUGUAUAACAUGCUGGUGGCCCACUCUGAGAUGGUGUGUUACCUAGUCAUCAUCCUCAACAACAUGCUGUCAGCCUCCUGCGUCACCCUGGUCCUCCCCAUCCUCAUCUUCCUCUGGGCCAUGCUGUCCGUACCGAGACCCAGUAAGAGGUUCUGGAUGACCGCCAUCGUUUAUACCGAGGUCGCCAUCGUCAUCAAGUACUUCUGCCAGUUUGGCUUCUUUCCCUUCAACCAGAACCCGAAGGUGAACGGGAAUAAACCCUACCACCCUCCAAACAUCAUCGGAGUGGAGAAGAAAGAUGGAUACGUCGUCUAUGACCUCAUACAGCUUCUGGCGCUCUUCUUCCACAGGUCCAUCCUGAAGUGUCAUGGUCUCUGGGACGAAGACGACCUUAAGGACACCAAGAAGGAGAUCCUUCGCCAGGACACUGAGUCGAAGGAACACGAGAAGGAGAGGGACGCCACUCCCGUGCCGUCCUACCCCCGCGAGAGGAAGGGGUCGACACAGACCCUCAGGUCUAUAAAUCUGGGCGUGGGCACCUCCGUGGACUCCAUGCACUACCUCCAGCAACAGCAGCAGACCUACCAGAGAAGAAAGAGCUCCAGUGGAGGGUCUCAUAUCUCCCACCAGUCAGUCCACUCUUUACGCUCCAAGAGAGGCAGCACCAACUCCAGGAACAGUAGCCGUAGAGAUUGGAGUGAGGUGUCAGUGCAGCAGAAGACCAAGAAACAGCUGAUCAUGGAGAAACUCAAAGAACAGAUAAUCAAAGCCAAGACCUUCACUAUCAAGAGGACCAUGAAGGUGUACCUGCCCAUCCGUCAGUUCUUCUACAACCUGGUCCAUCCAGAGUACAGCGCUUUGACAGAUGUCUAUGUCCUCAUGUUCCUGGCUGACACCGUCGACUUCAUCAUCAUCGUCUUCGGUUUUUCUGCUUUUGGGAAACACUCAGCGGGAGCCGACUUCACGUCGUCUCUGUCGGAGGACCAGGUUCCCGGAGCCUUCCUGGUGAUGAUUCUGAUCCAGUUUGGGACCAUGGUGGUGGACCGGGCCCUGUACCUCAAGAAGACAGUGCUGGGAAAAGUCAUCUUCCAGGUGAUCCUGGUGUUCGGGAUCCACUUCUGGUUGUUCUUCAUCCUCCCCGGACUCUCUGAUAGGCGUUUCAAUGAGAACACAGUAGCCAAGCUGUGGUACUUUAUCAAGUGUAUCUACUUUGGGCUGUCAGCCUAUCAGAUCCGCUGUGGCUACCCCACCAGGGUCCUGGGUAACUGCCUCACCAAGAGCUACAACUACACCAACCUCUUCAUGUUUCAAGGGUUCCGUAUGAUCCCGUUCCUGUCUGAGUUGCGUGCAGUGAUGGACUGGGUCUGGACCGACACCUCUCUGUCUUUAUCCUCUUGGAUCUGUGUGGAAGAUAUCUACGCUCACAUCUUCGUCCUCAAGUGCUGGAGGGAGUCAGAGAGGAGAUACCCCCAGCCGCGGGGCCAGGCGAAGAAGCCGGUGGUAAAGUAUGGGAUGGGAGGGAUGAUCGUCAUGCUUCUGAUCUGUAUCAUCUGGUUCCCUCUACUCUUCAUGUCUCUGAUCAAGUCUGUGGUGGGGGUGGUCAACAGACCACUGGACGUCUCCUUCUCCAUCACCCUGGCCGGGUUCCAGCCGAUCUUCACUAUGAGUGCUCAGCAGAACCAGCUCAGAGAAGUCUCCAAACAUGACAUCCAUGGCACCUUCAUGAGCUCAUACCAGUCCUAUCCUGAAGCGAUGCGAUGGUUGGAGUACUACAUGCCAGAGGAUCUGACCAUAGCUGAGUUGGAGGGAAGCUCUAACAGUCUGUGGACCAUCAGUCCUCCCAGUAGAACUAAGAUCAUGGAGAUGCUCAGCUCCAAGGAGCAGUUCCCCAUCACUGUAGCUUGGUCUAUCCAACGGAACCUGACUCUGGGAGCGAAGGCUGAGUUUGCGACUGGGAAGAAAGUGACGUUCCUGGAUGAGGCAACCAAACUGGAGCUGAGCCUACUGCUCAACGGGACCAGACGAGACAGAGUGGUGAUAAAGCACGUCUUCCCGCGGUACCUCCGAGCCCCUAGUGACUCCGAGGCCAAGCCAAUAGAACAACUGUAUAAAGAGAAGGUGUACAUGAGCAUCACUUUGGCGUUGGAACGUUCCCAUAACGACUCAGCAGAGGUCCAGGAGUGGUGGAUCGUGAACCAGACAGAUCCGGGACAGAUCAGCGUUCGUAGGCCCAAGCACCUGUACGACGCUGGGCUGGAGCUCUAUGUCUUCAGUGACCAGGUCAGCCCUCCUAGUCUGGGUUUCCUGGCUGGAUACGGGAUCAUGGGUCUGUACGCCUCCGUGGUGCUAGUCAUCGGUAAGUUUGUCCGUGAGUUCUUCAGCGGUGUCUCCCACACCAUCAUGUUCGAGGAGCUGCCCAACGUGGACCGCAUCCUGAAGCUCUGCACUGACAUCUUCCUGGUCCGAGAGACGGGAGAGCUGGACCUGGAGGAAGACAUGUACGCUAAACUCAUCUUCCUCUAUCGCUCGCCUGAGACUAUUAUCAAAUGGACCAGGGACAAGACUCAGUGAGCCUGGUUGUAUAGGGUAGUUAUCCAUUAACGUGGAUAGAAGUUUAACAGUGUUUCUCAACCACUGACUAGUCCGUGAAUACUUGACCAAUCUCUGGGACGUUGAUGUUACUGACUGACCUGAGAACUAUUCUUAAGUGUUAUUGAUUUUUAUGUAAGAAAGGAAGGAAGGACCAAAGCUUGCCAGUCCCUGUUGAGAAAACGGUUGAGAAACACUGCCUUAGAACACAAAAAAACAAACUUUUCCUGAUUGGAGCUCCUGGUUCAUGUGAUUGUGCAAUAUUAUAGAGUUCUUCAUCAUGUCCCCCGAGACGACCAUUUUGAAGGAUGUUUUCAUUGCUACAUACGAGACGGCCAUUUUGAAAGAUGUCAUUGCUACAUACGAGACGGCCAUUUUGAAAGAUGUUGUCAUUGAUACAUACGACGGCCCUUUUGAAGGAUGUUGUCAUUGCUACAUAUGAGACGGCCAUUUUGAAGGAUGUUGUCAUUGCUACAUACAAGACGGCCAUUUUGAAGGAUGUUGUCAUUGCUACAUACGAGACGGCCAUUUUGAAGGAUGUUGUCAUUGCUACAUACGAGACGGCCAUUUUGAAGGAUGUUGUCAUUGCUACAUACGAGACGGCCAUUUUGAAGGGUGUUGUCAUUAUUCCACACAAGACGACCAAGAUUGCAGGCGACUACGCCAUCUUGUUAAUGUCUAAAACAGAGAGCUACUUCAAAAGACGCUAAUGACAAUCUAUACUUGCCUUAUUUAGUUUGUUUGUAUGAGAAACUAAA